AUGAAUCCAUACGUCCUGAGGAAGCCAGAAGCCCCAGUCACACUGUGUGCGAGCACCAAAUCGAGAGUAAAAGCAACUCCUUUUCACGUGGAGACCACUGCUGUAUCUCCUGACUUGGAUGGAGUGCCAACUGUCUCCCUCAUUGGCGCCGGGCCCAUUGGCUGUUCAUUUGCAGCCGAUCUCGCCAGUCGGGGCAAAAAGGUUCUACUGUACGGCCAUCCUGACCACCCUGGCAAUAUUGGAAUGAUCCAAGAGAAUGGCGGGUAUCUGAAGGCGAGUGAUGAGGUACAAGGCAGGUUUAAGAUCGAGACUACCAGUGACCUCGGCGUUGCACUGCAAUUCUCGUCGUUUAUCGUGAUUACCGUUCCUGCGCAUGGGCAUGAUACUAUUCUAAAUGCUUUAAGCCGAUACGACCUUCGCGCACACAUCCUUAUCGCAACACCGGGCAACUUCUUCUUUCUUGCUGCACGAAAACGAGUUGCCGCUCAAGCCCUGCUAGAAACGGCACACCCUCCCUACGCGACCCGUAUGGCGGGCGACACCGUGCUGGUGAAGGGGAUCAAGGAUAACCUGGCGAUUUGGGCUGGACCGACUACGAUAUGCCCUUCCAAGCUCCGACGAGCAGUUGAUUCGAUCUUUCCACGCCGUCUUGAGUGGUGUCACAACCUUCUUCAGGUGGCCAUGGCCAACCUCGGUCCGGUGAUCCAUCCCGCAACGGCUCUUAUGAACACGGGGUGGAUCGAGGUCACUAGGGGAGAUUUCUAUUUCUAUGGGCAGGGCAUGUCGCGCUCAGUCUCCAAAGUGAUCGAGCAAGUAGACCGGGAACGGCUGGCCAUCUCCAGAGAGUUUGGGUUCCAACUACCACCGAUAAUGGCCUCAUUAGAGCAGAUGUACCAAAAGAGAUUUCCGAAAUUUCAUCAAUUCGCCCAAGAGUCCCAAAUCCACAAUCGAACAAAGGGUGCCCCAGCUGAGAUGGGGCAUCGUUACGUUAGCGAGGAUGUCGUGUACGUGCUGCUUCCAUGGUAUGAGCUGGGUGUGAAGUGUGGGCUGAGUUCACCUACCAUCAAAUCGAUCAUUGAACUGGCAUCUGUGGUCAAUGGAAGCAACUGUGUCAAGGGGGGGAGGAGCCUGCGCGCAGUAGGGCUCGAGGAUGCUUCCAAGGAAGAAAUCCUCACGAUCUGCCAGGGGUCAUUGCGCGACGAGGGAGGUCCUCCAACAGUAUUCCGCCCUCUGACGAGCGUUGAUGUCAAUAUUCAUCCUGGGAGUGAGCAAUUCCCUGUCAAAAUGGCAGGCCAAGCAAUCAAAGGGUGA